AUGAGUGCAUUCGCUGCUCGCCAGAAACUGUUAGGCCUGUCGGCUGCUGCCGCCACUACUCCUACUGCUGACGACAACGACGACAACGACGAUAUCAUUGACCGCAACACGUCCGCCAAGUCCUUCUUCACUAGGGAUAACUUCAGAAAAGCACUUCAGGCUCAGAAACAAGAGACCGAGAAAGAUGUGGACGAAAAGCCGGCAGCGCAACCGAUUCCGACAGGCCGCAGGAGGAUCAUCUACUAUUCAUCUCAGAGGUUGAGCCAGACGAACAUUCAACCAAAAGCCAGCGGCCGUGUUCUCCUUAAGCUCCUUGAGGGAGAGCGUUUGGUCAUUCUUGGAAGCUACGGAAUCAAGGUUUGCGAAGGCGAGCUUACCAUUGCUGGAGCCUUCUUGUCGAAAUCGGAUCUUGUUCAUUGGGUUCACGCUCCCCAAUGCCAUGCUCUUCCCGUCAUCAGGAUCACAAGCGAUGCCACAAUCGAGUUGCAUCCACACCCAGGAGCUCGGAGCCUGAGACAGCUUGCUAGCCUGAACCCUGCGUUUGGGAAGCUAUGGAACGAGGUGGACGAUGCGGUGCCGGGCCAUAUCAAGAAGAAUACCCCUACCUUCCAGAUUAUCUUCACCUCGGACGAUGCCCCUAAGAGAGCCGGCAUUCAGGAGUUGGUCUCACCAGCUGAAUGGAAUAAGCAGCUAUCGGACGUCCUGGAAUCCAAGAAAAAGGCUACGCCUGUUGUCUUUCUGAGCGGCCCCAAAUCCUCCGGAAAAUCUACAUUUGGACGGCUCAUGGCCAACCGCUUGAUAACUGGCUCUGGACUCGCACGACAGCCCUGGGCCCCGGUAGUUGUCCUCGAUCUCGAUCCUGGGCAGCCCGAGUUUGGACCCCCCUCCGUCAUAUCCCUCAACAAGCUGACUAGCCCAAAUCUCUUUCCUCCCUUCUGCCAUCCAGCGUUAGACCCAACAACGGCCCAACGUCGCGCCCACACUGUUGCGUCGGUCACACCCAGCUUGGAUCCGGACCAUUUUGUCGCCUGUGCCCUCGAUCUCUUCCACACUUACAAGACCAAUCCCUCGCUGAACAAAUUCCCACUCAUCAUCAACACCCCUGGCUGGAUUCUAGGCACCGGGCUCGACAUCCUGUCCGAGUUAAUCCGCCAGACUGUGCCAACUGAAGUCGUCUACAUGUCCCAAGACGGGCCUGAAGAGACUGUCGACGGCCUUAAAGCCGCCUGCCAGGACAAAAACAUCCCCUUCGUUGCUCUCCCCAGUCAACAACCUCAGAGCCAACCAUCCUCGUCAGUCGAUGCCACGGCCCCAGCAACCUCGGGCGGAGGAAGCUCAAGGACAGCCCUCCACCUUCGCACAAUGCAAACAAUGUCCUACUUCCACCUUCUCUUUUCCUCUCUUACCGCUCAGCAGCAGGGUGGUCUCAGCCAAAGCCAGCACAAUAUUCAAACUCACCCAGGCCCAACCUGGUCCCCCACGCCUCUCACCCACCUCCCGCCAUGGCGUGUCCGCUACAGAGGCUCUCGCCGCGGAUUUCUGGGAAUUCUCUGCUAUGACCACCAACCUGCCCCAGACCUGCUAGCCGAAGCCAUAAACGGGAUGAUUCUCGCUCUGGUGAAAAUCGAGGACCGCGCUGGUGCUUUUAUGGAUUUUCCGGAUCUUCUUUCUUUUUCUUCUUCGGCUUCCACUCAGCAGCAGCAGUCGAUGCAACAGCACCAGAAAUCAAAGCAGAACCCAGACCUUCUGAUCUGCAAAACCCCCCGCGAACACCUGCCCCAUCUCCCCAACCCCCAAGGCAAAACGCUUUCCCCGUCCCACUCACGCGCGCUGGGCCUGGUGCUGGUCAGGGGGAUUGAUACCGUGAAAGGAGAACUGCAGCUUUUGACGCCUUUGCCUGUUGAGGUACUCUCUGAGAAGGAUCAAGAUUUGGUGCUGGUGGCGGGUAGGUUCGAUACUCCCUCUUGGGCGUAUGCGGAGGAUUUGCAUCGGAGGCAGUGGGAGAGGAAUAAUGUCAAUGUCAAUGCUGCUAAGAGCAGCAAGAUGGCUGCUGUUAGUGGUGGCGGUGCGAAGAUGGAGAUUGAUGAUGGUGAUGAUGGUAAUGGGGAGGAAGGUGACCAGAGUGACGAGACGGAAUCCGUUGGAGCGGAUGAGAUUGAGGAGAGGCCGGAAUGGCAAAGGGUGAAGGCGUUGCAUGAUAGCACUUCGGAGGCGCAGCCUUGGGUGGAAAUGCUGCAUGGUAGUCAGGGGAGAGCGGCGGGAAGUAAGGUGUGGAGGGUUAGGAGGGAUUUGGGGAGGCGGUAG